UCAGCUUGCAGCUGGAGCUCCAGUCUGUGAACAGUGUGUGCCUCUGUGUUUUUAUGGGUGGAGACUGAGGUCCACUUCCAAAAUUUAGUCACACAGAUAACACAAGUCAGGUUAAGCCCCAGCAGCUACGGUACUAGCUGAGGAAGCUGGUAUUGAUCCACCUCAGUUAGGUUAAGGUCUUCUACAUUACAUCGGGUCAGUUUGCUAACGUUAAAGACAAGGUCAUUUAUUUUUCCAGAGAGAUGAGUCAGGCGGAGCAGGUGCCUGAGGACAUGCCUGCAUACCUCAAAGAUGAACCAGAAUCUACAGACAACAAGGACCACCCACAGACACAGCCGGGCAUGUUCGGCCGGUUGGCAGGGGGCCUGUACGGUGCCACCAAGGGAGCUUUAGGAGCCACAGUGGGCGGUGUGACCUGGAUAGGAGGAAAGAGUCUGGACCUCACCAAAACAGCUGUGAGCUCUGUAGCUGCUGUACCUGCGAUGGGAGUGGGGCUGGUUAAAGGUGGAGUGUGUGCUGUAGCUGGAGGAGUAACUGCUGUAGCGGGAGGAGUAACUGCUGGUUGUUCUGCAGUCGUCAGCAGAGUUCCCAUAGUAGGAGGAGGAGGAGGAGGCAAAAAGAAGGACAAAUCUGACUGACAUGGGAAGGAGAUGUGUGAAUGUACGCAGCUGAGGUGUAUGGCUUACACUGUGUUUGCCUGUUUUAGCAUACAUGAGCAGGAAAAGAGCAACAGAGGACUCAAAGGUUCAGUGUACACACAUGGCGGUGAGGGUUUUUUCUUUUUCUUUUGUUCAGUACUUUAUUUUUCAUGUGACUGUUGGUAAAACCAGGUUUAUUUGAUCAUGUGGCAAGGACCUUCAAAGCAAGAGCUAACAAAGACUAUCCUGCUCUGUCAGUAAAGAAAAGCACACCAAAUAUUCUCACCCGUGCCUGAAAAUUUUCAAAUAAAAUGGCCGUGUUUCAUUUUUGAUAUAAAGCCACUGCUAAAACACUGUUUUUACUGCAAGCUGUAGAAUUGUUCACAUUACUUUAGUACCGUAAAAAGAGUGUUGGUUUACCUUUUUCUCUUGCAAGACAAUCAUUGAUGAGAUAUGAUAAAUAAAUGACCAGGAGGUUUUUUGAGAAGUAUUGGAAGUAUUUCAUUGUGUGGAGUGUCAUUAGUCCUUUUCUAGACAAACAUGUCUGAUCAGAGAUGUGAUCUGAAAAGUAAAUUUAAGUUUAAUAUCCAAGCCUCCUGCUGGCUCUGGACUGUGUUCAGUUGAACUUGAAUCGUACUUUCGAUAUAAAAACAAUUGAUUGAAAUACGUAUUUCUGUCACAUCUUUAAAUGCACAGUGUUUUGAUUGCAAUGAAUGUACUUUAUUUUGAGUUAUAAAGCAAUUUGUGGCUAUAUGCCAAUACUUUUUGAAUCCAGGGUAAUUCAUUAAUGCUCUCUACAAUACUUUCAUGGUGUUUGCGUUAUCUCAUGUAAAGUACAUAUGACAGCAUCUCCAAUGCUGCCAUAGACAGCACUGUAGCUUCAGUAUAGCAGAAAUAUCUCCCACUGUGCCAAAGUGCAAUAUCUUAGUCCGCAACAUCAACUUGUUACUACUGCUUCUCCAUAUUGACUAGGAUCUUGUGUUAACUUCAAUCUGAAGGAUGAAUUUCUUACUGCAUUCUCAAUCUCAAGUAUCAUCAACUCAAUCUCAACCUACAUUUACAUUUAAUAAAGACAAUUGUUUUUUAAAAUCUGCCUUUCACUGUAAAUUGGUAAUACAGGAUGAAGGUUUCAAAGCUUGUAUCAGUGUGUCAAUGUAUUUAUAAGUGUGUUAAACAAUUAGACUUUAUUAAAACAUGGUAGUAUUUUCAGGGCUUGUUCAAAUAAAGCAUAUAUUUUUUA